AUGUGCGGUAUUCACUACUCACCUGCGCCAGGCUCACCGGGAUCUGUUGGAGUUUCGCCGGGAGUUUCGCCGGGUGUUUCUCCAGGAGUUUCACCUGGAGUUUCUCCUGGAGUUUCACCUGGAGUUUCUCCUGGAGUUUCACCUGGAGUUUCUCCAGGAGUUUCCCCGGGAGUUUCACCUGGAGUUUCUCCUGGAGUUUCACCUGGAGUUUCUCCAGGAGUUUCUCCUGGAGUUUCACCUGGAGUUUCACCUGGAGUUUCUCCUGGAGUUUCACCUGGAGUUUCUCCUGGAGUUUCUCCUGGAGUUUCUCCUGGAGUUUCUCCAGGAGUUUCUCCAGGAGUUUCACCUGGAGUUUCUCCUGGAGUUUCACCUGGAGUUUCACCUGGAGUUUCACCUGGAGUUUCACCUGGAGUUUCUCCUGGAGUUUCACCUGGAGUUUCACCUGGAGUUUCACCUGGAGUUUCACCUGGAGUUUCUCCGGGAGUUUCACCUGGAGUUUCUCCGGGAGUUUCACCUGGAGUUUCACCUGGAGUUUCUCCUGGAGUUUCACCUGGAGUUUCUCCGGGAGUUUCACCUGGAGUUUCUCCUGGAGUUUCACCUGGAGUUUCUCCGGGAGUUUCACCUGGAGUUUCUCCUGGAGUUUCACCUGGAGUUUCUCCGGGAGUUUCUCCGGGAGUUUCUCCGGGAGUUUCACCUGGAGUUUCACCUGGAGUUUCUCCGGGAGUUUCACCUGGAGUUUCACCUGGAGUUUCUCCAGGAGUUUCACCUGGAGUUUCUCCGGGAGUUUCUCCGGGAGUUUCUCCGGGAGUUUCACCUGGAGUUUCUCCGGGAGUUUCUCCGGGAGUUUCUCCUGGAGUUUCACCUGGAGUUUCACCUGGAGUUUCACCUGGAGUUUCUCCUGGAGUGUCACCAGGAGUGUCACCAGGAGAGUUUGACCAGGAGUUUGACCUGGAGUUUGACCUGGAGUUACUCCAGGAGUUUGACCAGGAGUUUGACCAGGAGUUUGACCUGGAGUUACUCCAGGAGUUUGACCAGGAGUUUGACCUGGAGUUUGACCUGGAGUUACUCCAGGAGUUUGACCAGGAGUUUGACCUGGAGUUACUCCAGGAGUUUGACCAGGAGUUUGACCUGGAGUUACUCCAGGAGUUUGACCAGGAGUUUGACCUGGAGUUUGACCUGGAGUUACUCCAGGAGUUUGACCUGGAGUUACUCCAGGAGUUUGACCUGGAGUUACUCCAGGAGUUUGACCUGGAGUUACUCCAGGAGUCUGACCUGGAGUUACUCCAGGAGUUUGAACUGGAGUUACUCCAGGAGUUUGAACUGGAGUUACUCCAGGAGUUUGAACAGGAGUUUGAACGGGAGUUACUCCAGGAGUUUGAACUGGAGUUACUCCAGGAGUUUGAACUGGAGUUACUCCAGGAGUUUGAACAGGAGUUUGAACGGGAGUUACUCCAGGAGUUUGAACUGGAGUUACUCCAGGAGUUUGAACAGGAGUUUGAACGGGAGUUACUCCAGGAGUUUGAACUGGAGUUACUCCAGGAGUUUGAACAGGAGUUUGAACGGGAGUUACUCCAGGAGUUUGAACGGGAGUUACUCCAGGAGUUUGAACUGGAGUUACUCCAGGAGUUUGAACGGGAGUUACUCCAGGAGUUUGAACGGGAGUUACUCCAGGAGUUUGAACGGGAGUUACUCCAGGAGUUUGAACGGGAGUUACUCCAGGAGUUUGAACUGGAGUUACUCCAGGAGUUUGAACUGGAGUUACUCCAGGAGUUUGACCAGGAGUUUGACCAGGAGUUUCACCUGAAGAAGUUUCGACUGAUUUAA